AUGAAUUUGAGAACCCUUUCUUCCUUUCUUCGCUCUAGGAAGCAAGUGCAAUUCCUUUUGCUGCAUUGACUGCCUGGAGGGCUUUAAAAAGUACUGCUAGGAUAACUGAAGGUCUCUUAUUUUUCCUCUAUAAAAAAACCCCACCUUGGUGUUGUCCUCCUUGCGCGAUCUGUUUAGGGAUACCGGCUCAGCUUCUUCAAUUCUGGUCUUAGAUUUGAGUUGAAUUAUGGGGAAAAGGAAGUCAAGGGCAAAGCCACCGCCCAAGAAGAGAAUGGAUAAGCUUGACACUGUUUUUAGCUGUCCCUUCUGCAAUCAUGGAAGCAGUGUUGAAUGUCGUCUGUAAGUGUUCAAACAGUAUUGUUGUUUGUUCCUAAUUUCUUUAGAUUGGCACAUCUUUAACUGCACGUGGACAUGAGGUUAUAAUUAUGCUUGGCAAUUUGUCUAUCGUUGUUUUGAAUUUUAUAGGUUCGGACUCAAAUUAUUUGAUAACCAGCAAUUGAUAUCCUGUAACCCCUUACGGUCUUGGCUUUGCCUUUUGAACUGAUUUAUCCUCAUGUCAAUGUGAUUGGAUAAGUUUGAACAUGGUUGAUAAUUUAAGAAUGCCAAAUUUUGAGCUAAUUAUCAUUUCUCUCUAUUUUGCAGCUUUAACUGAACCCAUAGACAUAUAUAGUGAAUGGAUUGAUGAAUGUGAACGGGUCAACAACCUUGAAGACGAUGGCGCCUGAGAAUAGGGAAAAACCACGGCUUCUUCUAUCGACAACCUUGAAGAUGAUGUUGAAUAAGAGCGAAUCAGGGCUUACUUUUUGUGAAAAUCUGGGCUGUAGUAUAUUUUUCCUGACGUUGUUGAUUGUACCGUAUCUAUAGUGUUACGUAUUAAUAUUUGGACUGUACUUUUGGUGAUUUGAAGACAAGCCACUUCUUACCUAUAUAUAUAUAUAUAGUUUUUGCUGAUAUUAACAACUUCAUCCUUCCCAUUUAAUAAAUCUCUAAAUAAGAA